AUGCCCGACACCCAGCUCUGCCUUCCGACAACUGCCCGCCGCUGGCGAAGAACUCGCACGGCAAUAUUCGUCAGGGCUACUCGGUCCGGGUGA